AUGAAGGACACAAAAAAAAGGCAGAUAGCAUCAGUGGCGCCAGAUAUGCACCUGUUCGGCGGUCUGGUGGUGGUGCUCGGCUCCGUCGCCUUCACGCUCGUGAACAUGGUAUGCUUUUACUGUAAGUUCUCCGGUCACUUUGAGAACAUGGAAGGUGGAGGCGACAUGGCGCGAGAUUCAACUCUGGGAGAAGGUGCUGCGCCUACGGCGGCGACGCUGGAGAUGGAGGAUACGUUGGUGUUGAGAAGUUGGAUAAACUGGCCAUGCCGAUGUCUAGUAGGGUCGCUGCUGCGAGAUGGCGGCAUCAACGACGGAGGCUGUUAUGGCGGCAGAACUCCGGCAUGGCAGAAAGGACAUCGACGGAGGCUAUUGAAUAUGAAGGACGACAGCGACCAUGGCUGCGGCGGGUGGAUGGUGGUGGCGGACGGCCGUGUGCAAAACUCUAUGAAAGUGUGU